UCUCCUAAAUAUUUUCUUAGACAUACAAAGCUUCAAGCACCAUUAAAUGGGAGGGAAGUCAAUAAUCAUCUUCAUUUGCACAAUAUCUUGAUUAAUUGCAGCGCCCAGAAAAGUCACAGGAGCAGAGGACACAACUAUGUAGGUGACGAUGCCUGUACAUUGUUUGUGUCUAUCUCCGUGUGUGUGUGUAUAGUAUUUGCUCGCUGUGCAGGACCAGGAGGGUACAGAUUUAGCAACGGCGCUGGAGAGGGGAUGAGAGCAUUAAGCCUGCUCAGCAGGCUGCGAAUAGCAGGCCCCAGGACAGGAACAGGACUGGACUGGACCGGCCAAACAUAGAGAGGGGGGGAAAGAGAGACGAUCAACAACAGCAGUGCUAAUGCCUUUGUCAGUGCCAUCGAGACCAUGACUCUACCGUCAAAUUUAGACUGCGGAGAGAGAAUCAGUAGGUGCGCAGAAGCUGUUUCUGCUUCUUGUUCUCAUUGUUUUUCGUUCGUUCUCUUUCUACACCCCCCUUCAUCCAGAUGUCUGCUCAGCUAGCCUCCAGAUGUCCUCUCCCUCCCCUCCCAUAGUGGAGAGGUGCUUUCUACGCACACACACACACACACCGCCCAUCGUGGCUGUGUUUUUCUCCCUCUCCGGGGAGGAUUAGUGCUCCUCAUCAGUGCCUGCCACCGCCCCCGUCGGCCUCCUGCCACCGCAUUGGCUGCUGCUCUCAGGACCACCGCUGACUGGAGAUCACCGUGACGAUGACCAGGAAGGGGGGGUUCUGUUAUGGCCGUGGCGGUGGGGAGGCGACCACUCACCAAAUCACCGACCAGCUGGGACCCUCAAAAAAUUGUGAGGGGGAAAAAAAAAGGAUUGGGAAGGAAAUAGAAAAAAAUAUAAUAACAAGGGAUUAACUGUCGGCUUCAACUGAGCAUUCAGGGAGUUCGUUGAAAACAGCAUCAGAAAUCACACCCAGAUUCCCUCUGUCUCCCUCUCUCUCUCUCUCUGCCUCUCUCUCUCUGUCUCUCUCUCUGUGUGUGCUAAGUUGCUGGUCGGAGUGGACAGCUGUUCAAAAACAAGGGAAGAGGGAUGGAGGAAAAAACGAGUGAAAUAAAAAACAGCCCUUGGGUAAAAGACUCAUUCUACAUCCUCUUGUUUUCCAAAGCCACCAUCAUAUAAUGAGGGAGAGGUGCAUCGCUGAACGAGUGCAGCAUGCAUCAGCACUGAGGCAGGACGAAGGAAGGAGCGGCGUGUGAGAGAAAGAGACGGUGACAGCCUGUGAUAGAGGGAUGAGGGAGGAGGAGUGCAAGGGAGAGGGAGUGAGAGAGCAGGACUGGAAGGUCAUUACCACUAGGCGAGACAGAAAUAAACAGGGAUCCGUCACCCUUUGACACCUACUCUCUAAAAGGCUACCUUCAACGCAAAUCAACAAAAAAGCUGAAUCCUGCUGCAUUCGCAUAUAGGAAACCCCUCCACAGAACCUGACUCAACCUGCCAACCAGCCAAUGCAUUCCCAGAGGAAUGGCCUAUGUCCAUUGUGAAGAGGACACUCCUAUCUUGUUCUUAUCCUUCUAUAUGUACCUAACCAAAGAACUUGGUCACUCGUUAUGACUGUCUGACCACAACAUCCCCUUUUGACUGCGAACCAGGAAUUGGCCUCUGUCUACAGAAAGGAAGAAGGGAAUAUCUUUGACCAUCCGCUGCUAAGAGGAAUAGCCUCAUCUGUUGUUCACAAGAACACACACUGGAUUGGUGAAUGUGUCUCAAACCAAGGCGGACCAGAUGUACAGCUAACUAAAGAGACAUCCCUAUUCCCUAGUAUCCCUACACUGCUACUGUACUACAAACAGGAAUAUCUAUAUCGGUUGACGUAAACACAUACUGGAGGGGUAGGUUGAGGCAAUUGGAGAGCGACAGACAGACUGACCGUCAGACAGGCGGCAUUUGACCUCAACAUGGGAGAGACGGCCGAGUACCAGCGACUGUCCAGCGAUGACGAGGAGAAGUUGGGCAGUAGUAAUAUGCAGUCGGAGGAGGGCACAGAAUGGCUCCUGGAGCUGCUGAUGGAGGUGCAGCUGCAGCAGUACUUCCUGCGUGUCCGCGACGACCUCAACGUGACUCGACUCUCCCACUUCGACUACGUCAAGAACGAGGACCUGGAGAAGAUCGGCAUGGGGCGGCCCGGGCAGAGACGGCUGUGGGAGGCGGUCAAGAGGAGGAAAGCCAUGUGCAAGCGGAAGUCCUGGAUGAGCAAGGUGUUCAGUGGGAAGCGUCCGGAUGGCGGGGACUUCCAGCAGGCGUCGCCCACCUCUUCCUUCCGCAAGCUGUCCCCCACGCCACCCCCAGCGGUUGAGGGGGAUCCUCAGUCCCUGUCCCAGCCCCCCCAGCACCAGGCCCUCACCUGUCUGAUCAGCGAGAAGGACCUUGCGCUCUUCGAGAAGCUGGGCGACGGCUCCUUCGGGGUGGUCAAGAGGGGCGAGUGGUUCACGCCCACCGGGAAAGUGUUGACUGUAGCGGUCAAGUGUCUGAAGACAGACAUGCUGAGCCAGCCGGAGGCGUUGGACGACUUCAUCUGCGAGGUCAAUGCCAUGCACUCCCUGGACCACCAGAACCUCAUCAGGCUGUACGGAGUGGUGCUCACACAACCCAUGAAGAUGGUGACCGAACUAGCCCCGCUUGGCUCCCUCCUGGAGCGCCUGCGCUGCGUUCGGCCGCAGGGCCCCAUCCUCAUCCACAUGCUGUGCCAGUACGCCGUGCAGGUGGCGUGCGGCAUGGCCUACCUGGAGCAGCGGCGCUUCAUCCACCGUGACCUGGCCGCCCGCAACAUCCUGCUGGCAUCGGCCCAGAGGGUAAAGAUCGGCGACUUCGGUCUGAUGCGGGCGCUGCCCAACAACCACGAACACUACGUCAUGCAGGAGCACCGCAAGGUGCCGUUCGCGUGGUGUGCCCCGGAGAGCCUGAAAACGCGGACGUUCUCCCACGCCACAGACGCCUGGAUGUUCGGGGUGACGCUGUGGGAGAUGUAUACCCACGGACAGGAGCCCUGGCUGGGCCUCAAUGGCAGCCAGAUCUUACACAAGAUAGACAAGGAGGGUGAGCGUCUACCCAAGCCAGAGGACUGUCCCCAGGACAUCUACAACGUCAUGCUGCAGUGCUGGGCCCAGAAACCUGAUGACAGGCCCACCUUCGUCGCCCUCAGGGAGUUCCUGCUCGAGACCAUGCCAACAGACAUGUGCGCACUGCAGAACUUUGAAGAGGUCAACAAGCUUCAGAUUCAGGUCAAUGACGUGAUCACCAUCAUCGAGGGCAGAGCGGAGAACUACUGGUGGCGGGGCCAGAACAAGCGCACGCUGAAGUUGGGCCAGUUCCCCAGGAACGUGGUGACCUCGGUUGCAGGCCUGUCGGCCCAUGACAUCAGCAGGCCCCUCAAACACAGCUUCAUCCACACAGGCCAUGGAGACACAGACCCACACCGCUGCUGGGGCUUCCCGGACCGCAUCGACGAUCUGUACCUAGGGAACCCCAUGGACCCACCAGAUGUCUUGGGGUUGGACCUCAAUGCUGCCCGGCCUACUCAGCUACCAGGACGAGCAAAAAAGGAGGCACCUACUUGUCCCCCCCAGCCGUUGGUGCUUGUCAAGAAGCCGUGCUACGACUCGGUGACUGAGGACGAGGAGCUGACCGCCUCAGGCCUCAAGGGGCUGUCGCUACUGAAAGUGGGCUCCAUCAAAGGCCUCAAGCUGAAACCCGCCACAUGUGUCUCCGCCUCCAAACAGGGGGGCCGGACUAUGGGCUCAGGCCACACCCCCAGUGAGGUGUCACUCAUCGACUUUGGGGAGGAGUUUCCCCUGGCCGCAUCCUCCCCCUCCCCGGUGGUGGAGCUCCAGGUGCCCUCGUUGGCCAAGCUGGCCCUGGACGCAGAGUUUAUUCUGGAUCGUACUCCUACCCAGAGCCCGUGGCGCUCGCUGCCCCGCCCCUUACACCCCACGCCAGUGGUGGACUGGGACACCCGGCCCUUACCUCCACCUCCUGCGUACGAUGACGUGGCGCAGGACGAGGAGGACAUGGAGGUGAGCUCCAUCAACAGCCUGGAUCAGCAGCAGGGGGGGAUGGGUGAGAGCCACAGCCCCACAGAGGCCUUGCCGGCUGGUGAGGAGAAGGCCAUGGCCGGUGCAGCCGACAAACCCCUGGAGGACAACCUCUUCCUGCCCUCUAAGCAGGACCUGGCCUCCACAUCCUUCUCUCAGUCAGCUGAGAUCUUUCAGGAGCUCCAGCAGGAGUGCAUGAGGAGGCUCAAUGUGCCCACGGGAGGAGGUCACCAGCCCCCCUCGCUGUCCCCAAGCUCAGGCCUCCAGUCCAUGGACGUCCACCGCCAGAUCAUCUUGUUCAUCUCUGAGGACAAGCCCCAGAUCCCUCCACGCGUACCCAUCCCGCCUCGCCCUGUCAAACGGGGGGACUACACCCGCUGGUCCGGUGACCUCUCCCUGUCCCUGACUCCAGCUUCUGAGGAAGUCCAGGACCGGCCUCCUCAGAUCCCCCCGCGGGAUCCCCUGUCUCAGCCGGGCUCGCGCACCCCCAGUCCCAUGGGCCAACAGGUGGGCUCCCCCCAGCAAAGGACAAUGGUUUUCCCCAGUGCCCCUCCUCCGCCCACAUACGGAUCCUACCUCUCCACGUCCCCAGGGAAGCUCAUGCCCACCACACAUAGCUUUGCCUUGGACCCCAAAUACGCCGCACCCAAGGUCAUCCAAGCACAAGCCCAGGGUAAGGACCUGGCCAAGGGGCCCUGCAUCCUGCCCAUUGUCCGCGACGGCCGCAAAAUCAGCAACACGCACUACUACCUCCUGCCCGAGAGGCCGCCUUACCUGGACCGCUACGACCGCUUCUUCAGGGAAGCGGAAAAUGUGCCGACCGGUGGCAGCGGUGGGAUCUGCGAGGAGAGGCGGCAGGCCAACACGGCCACGGUCAGGCCCAUGAUGGUGAACCAGCAGCCGCAGAACCAGGGGGGAGACCUCAAGCCCAACUUUUCCUCCAACAACAACACUAACCUGGGCUUCCGGCUGGGCAUGAAGUCCUCCCUCAGCCUGCCCAGGGUCAGCUCUGACGGGUCAGCCGACAGGGCAGAGGGGGGAGCCACAGCAGACGGGGUCAAGAUGGUGCAGGAGGCGGUCCAUGGCGUGACUAUAGAGGAGUGUCAGACAGCCCUCCAGAACCACAACUGGAACGUGCAGAAAGCUGUGCACUACCUCAAGGUUGAGCAGCUGUUCUGUCUUGGCCUGAAGACCAGGACGGAGUGUCUCAAGGUGCUGGAGAUGUAUGACUGGAACCUGGAGGUGGCCAGCACUCAGCUCCUGGACUCCUACGGCUCCGUCCGGCAAAGGCGGUGACCGAUGUCACAAGGAGCAACGGCUGAGUCCGUUCAGAACUCUUUUCAUACAUCAGUGGUCUUUGAAGGGGCGGAGUCUGCUCCCGAUUUUCCAGAUGCAUCCAAUAUGCAGUCUUGCCCACACUGAGGACCUGGAGGCUAACCCGCACUAACACCGAAUAGGAGCGGAAGUCUGCUUAGAACGCAGGGAGUGGAACCAUACUCUUGAAGGGACCAUGUUGUCUGCUGGUCCCUUACCUAUAUAUAGCUCUGCAGUGAAGGAAAAAUCUCCUCUAUUUCGGUGCUGGUCUACCCAAUUCAGUUAUCACUGCCACAAUACACAUUUGACCAACUUAGAUUACCCCUUUGUGUUAUUACUAACUUAUAUGAAUCAGGGUCGUGUUGCAUCCCUUUGAAAAUCAACAGAAACUGCAGUACCAUAGAAAAAGAGUAGACCUCUCCUCUGCCAAAUCACUCCCCUACACCCCUACUGUAUGUGUGCUGUGUUAGGCUCCUCGGUUUGGAUAGGGACUUUGUUUUCGGGUUGUCAGCAUCUUUCUGCUGCUAUGCCCGCCUUCCCAGGCCUCCCAAGGUGCUCUAAUGGGGUUCAGCAGAGGUCAAAGUUCAAAAAGCCCACCUGGAAGGAGAGAACGAAUAUUAAAGAGAACUAAACAAUAUGCAGCUGGUCCACGUUUAAGUCGACUCCUUCUUUUAUGUUCUGUUCUACAGAGUUCUAUUUGAUUUGUAUUAAGGAGAGGAAUUACUUUUUUAUGCACACAUACAGUAUAUUAUAUAUAAGAAGAGUUCAGAUGUUUUGAGUUUAUAUAUUUGCAGCGAAUAUGCGCUGAAAGUUGGUGGUUUUUGUUUUUAGUCUUCUGUUCUUUCAUAUAUUUUUGCUUUUGAACCGGUCGUUUGAAAAGGGGGACAUAUUGAAAACGUUCAACUCUCUUGAGAUGUUUUAUUUUCAUUUGAUCAGUUAUCAUUUGAUCAGUUAUCAGUUUAUGUUAGAAUGUGCUCCCCCUGAAUUGAGUUCACUUGUGGCUCUAAGUGCUAUUAAUUUGAUCCACUCCAAAUGUCCAUUUAAUCAUUCCCUACUGGUGUACAGAACUAUUUAACACCUGACUCUUUUUUUGUGCUCCCUCUAUCUACUCUAAGCACUUUUCCCACACAAAACUACUGUUGAAAAUGGCCCACUGACUUAAUUAUUUUCAAAGCACAUUGAUACUUAAAUAAUUAAUUAAGAACGUUGCCAGUGCUCCAGGACAAAGAUUCCCCCGAGCAGAGACAAUACCCCUAGUAACUAGUCUUUACCUCAACUAUUAGGAGCUAAAACCUUUAGUCAGCACCCAUAGGUUGCAGAGAAUUUUGAGGGGAAGAAAUGUCAGUACUGGCCCUCGUUGGUUACUCACAUCCAGCACAUGCAAGAUCCAAAAUGUCACAAUACUGGAUUAGACUCGGCCAAUAAAGUAUGCAGACCUCUCAAAACCUAGAGCAAACUGUAUUGUAAAAUGUUUAGAGUGUCUGUCUUCGAUGUAUUUUCUAUACUGUGCUAUCCUCUAUAUUUAUCAUAGACCAGUGGAGCAGAGAUUCUGGAAUGGUUGCACGCAACCUGCUGGUUUUCCGUGUGUUAUGAUUCAAAUUAUGUUUUUGAACAUUAAGAUAUUUUAUAGUUGAUUCCAAUAUGUAAAUAAGUCUUACCUGAGAAGGCCUGUAACUGAUCUCAAAUCAGUUAGAAUUCCAGCACAGACCAACACGGUUAAACCAGUAGACUCCUAGUAGACCACUCCGUCCAGUGUAGCGGGCUUGCAGGCUGGUCUUUCCCCAGUCUUUCUGUAGUCACUGUACCAAUUUGGACGUUUGACUGGGUUUGUGCCUGUCUCUGUGUGUGAAACAGACUGUCUAGACAUUCUCCAUUGUCUGUCUGUGAACACAGUGUACUGUCUCAUAAACUCUUUGCUCAUGUUCCAAAACUCAAACUUUGUCUCCUUGCCCUGUUCUUUCAGUCGUUUGCCCUCGCAGAUAAGGUCUGGAUGUGUUAAAUCAAUUUGACAGUACGCCACAUAGCCUAUUGCAGGGUUUAACUUCUUGGGGCUAUGUGGGACGCUAGCGUGCCACCCGUGGUGCACCCUAUCAACAGCAGGUGCAUUUCAAGAGCGGCAAAUUUGAAACCAAAUAAAUGUCAAAAUUCAAAUUUUUCAAACAUACAACUAUCUUACACCCUUUGAAAGAUAAAGAUCUCCUUAAUCUAACCACGUUGUCCGAUUUCAAAAAGGUUUUACGGCGAAAGCAUAAAGUUAGAUUA